UCCCUCAUACUAGGCUCUUUUUUAAGCAUUGGAAACUAUAUUUGUGUCACAUUGAAAUAAAAAUGAGAAUUUCAUUUUGUAAAAUUUUCUUUUUGAGUUACCUACUUACAUGUGCAAAGUCAGAGGAACCGCACUGUUCAAAAUAUGAUUUCGAAGAGAAAGUUUUAGAGAAAAUGGUUCGCAUGGAAUUUCAAAUGGAGAGAAUGAAAUCUGAAAUGGAACAAACAGUGAAAAGUGUUGACCGGAAACUGAAUGAAAUGGUUGAAAAACAGGAGAAACAUACAUUAAGCAUUAAAACAACACAGGAAAAGUUUGAUGAGACAAUCGAAGCACUACAAAACAAAACGUCAGAGAUCAUUGAUACAAAAUUAAAAGAACUGCAAAUUUUAAAAGAUCAGAUUGUGACACCAACUGUGGUAUUCAAGGCAAGACUAAAUGCUAACACUGCCGCUCCUGCAGGUCAAGUUAUAGUGUUUCCUACAGUACUCUUCAAUGAAGGAGAUGCCUACAGCAAUGACACAGGGGAAUUUACGGCCACAACAAACGGAACAUAUCUUUUUACUAUAGCAUUAUGUGUGCAGGCGAACAAAUAUUUGUACGUGGGUAUAAUGGUUGAUGGUGUAGCAUACACCAGGACAAACAUUUAUGGUGACGCAAAUUACGGCUGUCAUACAGCUGACACUAUCGCUGUGUUAAAAGCAGGACAGAGCGUGUGGGUUCAGUCGUCUGUUAGUUCCUCUGGUAAUAUACUCCAACAUUCUUCAUCCUACUGGAACACUUUUUCCGGAGUUUUACUCCAUAAAUAAAUACAAUAUUUACUGCAUAUGAUUUCGCACGAGUUGUUUUAUAAUUAUUAAAUAAUAUCAAACAUGUUGAUGAAAAAUAAUUCUGUGUAAAGCUAUUAAACCUUUUUUAUUCAUGACCUAGUUUAAAGAUAUUUGAUAUUACUUACUUGGUAUAAUUAUGUAAACACAAUGUCACAAUGUUUCAUUACCGAGUUAUCUAACUAAUGGUAAAUAAAGGAUCAGGUUAAUUAAUAUCAUUGUACUCAACAUGAAGAUAUAUUUGGACGAGUUUUCAUGUAGCCAGAUAAACUAUGAACACACAACGGUUCCAAACCAGAACUUAAAUGAAAACAGUAUAUGCAACUCGGAUUUUAUUUGCAAGUGAAUAUUUCCAUGAAAAGUAUCGAUUCGGACACAAAAGCAAAUACUUUUUGUUUUCUAUGUUUGUUUUUUAAUAAAGAUAAAGGUCAUAUUUAGUAUAUAAUAUUUUGUUUUAUAUAUUGUUUUUUAACAAAGAUAAAGGUCAUAUUUAGGUUUAUUUCAUUUUGUUUUAUAUGCAUGUUUUUUAACAAAGAUAAAGGUCAUAUUUAGUAUACAUCAUUUUGUGUUAUAUGUUUGUUUUUUAACAAAGAUUAAGGUCGUAUUUACUAUGUAACAGUUUGUUUCAAAUGUUUUUUAUUAAAGAUAAAGUUCAUAUUUUAUGAUACUUUCUUUUUUCGUUAUUAAAUUAGAAUAACGUCGCAUUAAACAAUCUCUUUUGAUUACUGUAUGAUUUAUAAUGUAAAAAUUAUUAUUUACUAUUCUUUUUUUCUAUGUUUUUGUUCACACUGUACUUUGGAUUUGUAUGGGGUAUAAACAUUGUUUUAACAUAACAAGUAAAUCAAGGGAAGGAGAAAAUACACAUGAAACAUCAGGAUGGUUUAUAACUGAUUUAUUCUAGGAUCUACCUGUUUCGGUCGUUCAAGACCUUCAUUAACAUGUUUAAUGCUGAAUAAAACUUUGUAUUUUUAUUCAUAUAUUUAGUUUCAUAUAUAUGUUGUUUGCAAAAAUAAAGGCCAUAUUUAGUUUAUAA